AUAAAAUACAGCUCUACCUCAUAGUAGCUUAAACUGAUUCACUGUAUACAGUUUUAUAACGUUUAUCGCGUUUCGUCAUCAGUUCAGCGUUACUGAAAAUCUCGUCCUUUACUCGAUUUGCUCAAUUUGAUUUAAUCAGAGGGGUCGUAUUUGAUAAAUACCAUGAUGGUGUUUGAAUAAGAAGCUUUAUCUUCUCGUCUAAGCUGACUUUCCUUACUGUAAUCAGUGGGUGGCGCCAAGAUAUCAGUCAACAGAGUCGGUGCACUCAACCCACGUGUAGACAUUUCCUGAAAGGGGGGUGGCCUGAUCAACACAUUGAAAUAUCUGUUUUGGCGUGUUUUUAAGCUAUGGAAGAUUUACCUGCGGACCUCAAAGCUUUUCUUUUAAAUCAUCCUUUUCUUCAGCUCACAGAUGGCAAAAAGAUCAAAUGCACCCUGAAUGGCCACGAGUUUCCAUGCAACCUGACGGAGCUGCAGAAGUUCACUCAAGGGAAGAAAUAUGAGAAACUGAGUGCUACAGCAGAGUUCAACUACAGCCAGUAUGAACCACAUAUUGUGCCAAGCUCAAAACAACCCAAUCAGCUCUUCUGUAAGCUGACCCUCAGACACCUCAACAGGCAGCCGCACCAUGUCCUAAGACAUGUCAACGGGAAACGCUUCAAGAAGGCCCUCACUAAAUAUGAGGAGUGUGUGCAGCAGGGGAUUGAAUUCGUUCCAGCCAGACUCAAACAGAAAAGGCCCAAAGAUACCGGAGAGGAGUUCAAUCGGGGGAGGGCCCCAAAACAUGGAAACAGCAUGUGGGAACCCUCAUCCAGUGACGAGGAUCACAGUGACUCAGAAGACAGCAUGAGUGACCUCUACCCCUCGUCAAUGUUCACUUUAAAAAAACAAGAAGAAGAAGUUAUGGAGGAUGGCGAGGAUGAGGAAGAAGAUGACUUCCAAACAGAUGAGGAUGAGGAUGAGGAAAUGGAGGUGGACAAGCAGGUGCUACAGAAACGCAAAAAGGUCCAGGGCGGUGGUUUUCAGAAGAAAUUCAGAAAUAACAAUUGGAAAUCGGCACGUAAUAAGAAAAACUUGAAAGCACGAAGUGGAAAGUAAAAAAACGCAGAAGAAUAUCUGUAGUAUUUUUAUACCAGGACAUUUUUCAGGCAGCAACACUCCGGUCCAGUUCGGAGUAGUAUUCCUGUGUCCGAGGAUAGCCUGACGUUUGUAUAACAUCCAUUACAUUUUUUCAUAUUUUCUGCAUAUGAAAAGAUGUCUUUUUUCCCCAAGUUGUGAUGUUGUACAGUUCUAACAAGGCUGGUUUAGGUGUCAUGGAAAGUGUGUCUGUGGCAGUAAACAGAUCAUUUGUACUGGAUAUGUUUGUUUUCUGGUUUGCAGCCAAGAGCACUGUCCAAAAAUACAACUCUGUUUGGAUUUGCAAA